AGAAAGAAAGAAAGAAAGAAAGAAAGAGCUCGCGUGUGAUUUGUUUGUUUAUCCUCAGUGUUUUUCUCUCUUAAGUGUUUUAUUGAGUGUAAACAGAGUCUUGUCUCUGGGUAUUUUAGUGUUGAUGAUGAGAGAUGAGAUGUGCUGUAAAUCAGUAGGAACUGAUCUGUCCAUGCUGGAUAUUGAUGAUUUCAUCACAGAAAUCUCUCAGCUGAAGAAAGAGGUGGCGUUACUGGAGACAAAGCUGAGGUUAAGAGGAGAUGAAGGACUGAAGAGAGAGGACUCCGAGCUCAGUCUGACUUUACUCUGUUAUACUGAGUCAAAGCCCACAGACGCUCAGGACACUACAGUGUGUGACAGUAAUCAGGGCUUAAAGGAUGAGGAAUCUACUGAUCAAACCUCCACAGAGUCUCUGGAUUCUGUCUGUAAUGCUGGAGAACAGCAGCAGAUCCUGCAGACCAAACUCAAGAUGUGUUCAGUCAAACUCACGGACUGCAAGAACCUCAUGAUGAAGACGGGAAAAGAAACCCCAGAGGAAGAUCACACUGAUGACGAUGAUGAUGUGGAGGAGAAGAAUUAUGACAACGACGAUGAUGAUGAUUUUAUUCCUUCAGGCGAAAAGAGUGAUUCUUAUUCUGAGGGAGAAAUAACGUCCUCAACAUCAAAAGAGAGACGGACAGCACAAUCUUUUUCCUGCACCACUUGUGGAAAGACAUUGAGCUCACAUGGACAUUUAAAGAGACAUGAGAGAAAACACAAUGAAGAGAAACUCUUCACCUGCAGGAGAUGUAAGAUCAGCUUUACUACCUUACAAGAAAAGGAACUUCAUUCAAAAGAGCACAGAGAGGAGAAGAAGAAGUUACACUGUGAGAAAAUGUAUGAAAAGUGUUUCUACUGCACUGAAUGUGACAAAUAUUUUAGCACCAAAGGAAAUCUUGUUGCUCAUCAGAGAAUUCACACAGGAGAAAAACCAUACGAGUGUCCUCACUGUGAGAAGAGAUUCAACCACAAACCUCAUCUGACGAAACAUGUGCGUAUACACACCAAUGAGAGACCGUAUCAGUGCAGUCAAUGUGGAAAAACCUUUACAGAAACCGGUUCUUUAAAGUUACAUGAAAAAACACACACUGAAGAGAAACCCUAUCAGUGUUCAUACUGUGAUAAAUGUUUUCGCCAGAAAGGUCAUCUGAUAUGUCACGAGAGGAUUCACACUGGAGAGAAACCUUACGUCUGCCCUCAUUGUGGAAAGAGCUUCAAUGAUCCAUCUCAUUUCAGAGUUCAUAAGAAAAUUCACACUGGAGAGAAACCUCAUCACUGUAAUAUCUGUGGGAAGAGUUUUAAUCGUCAUAACAUUUUUGUGAAUCACCAGAGAACUCAUACAGGAGAAAGACUUUACAAAUGCUCUCAGUGUGAGAAGAUGUUUGCUCGACCAGAUGUCCUGAGAACCCAUGAGAGAGUUCACACUGGAGAGAAACCUUACGUCUGCUCGAUCUGUGGAGAGAGAUUUGCUUAUUUAGGAGGUCUUCAUACUCACAAGAAGAAACAUACUGAAGAACAAACUACACUGCAAUCAUCAUAGCAUCUUUUAACUUUGAAACAAUUUAGCUUAAACUCACAUUUCUUAUGUUAUUGUUGUCUUUUUUUUGCAAAAUAAAUUUUUUUGUUCUAUAUGUAAGGAAUAAUUGAUACAGACCAUUGAAUUAUUUUAAAAUAAUGCACAACUGAGGUAGUAAUGCGGCACAAUACAAAGCGGAGUCAAUUAUUCCUCUUAUACCAUGGUUACCACAGACAUUGCUCUGGUGGUUAUUUUAAGAUAUUUAACAGGUCAGGUUUGCGUUUUGCAGAAAAAUAAUCAACACCUGUAAAACAUUUGCAACCAAUCAGAAUAAAACAUUCAACAGCUCCAUGGUUUAGGCAGAAAUAAUUAUCAGAUUGAAUCAGUUUGAGAGUCUCCAUUAUUGUUUUCUUCAUGUAUUGAAAGCAUGAAACAGCAUCAAUCCUGGGACAAGUUGAGCAAAAUAUGUUGCUGACAAGA